AUGGCCAGCGACGACUCCCUGGGUUACAAAGCUCUUUUCCUGGAGUCAGAAAGGAGGCUGAAAAAACUCAUUCAACAUUGCCACAAUCUUUUCUCACGAUCCUUGCGAGCUGAAGCUCCGGCUCGCUCCACUACACGGACAAUACCAGCACCUACUGGAAAAUGCUGCCCGAUACAACUCGUCGAAUGGGCUGAAUGUCAAACCAGGCAACAAGAAAUCUACCGCUCUGUUUGCAACUAUCUUAAACCAAUAAGUGAGGCUACGAUGCAGUUCUUUCCAUCCGUCCUUGUAUUCGAGGACUUUGGGCGACAAGUCCAUGAAAGGCCAAUAAGCAGUGAAAAGGACCUGGAGAACUACGAGCGAUUUGGUAUGGAAAACUACGUACGAGAUAUAAUCAGAGAACUCUGCAAGGUCCCCGCUGCGCGAGACAAGUCUCAUUUGGGCGAUGGAGUGUGGUUUGACAACCAUGCCAACUGUCUUGAUCCCGCUGAGGCCAUCCCCCCGCAGACAAACCAAUCCUCUUCUCAACGGUCCAGGCCUGACCAGUUCUGUGUCCACCGUGUCAACGACGAUACCAGCAGCCUUCUUACCACAGUUGAGUACAAACCACCUCACAAAUUAUCCGUUGAGAAUCUCCGCAAAGGGCUGCGCCCCAUGAAUUUUUGGAAAAGGGUUGUCAGCCGUAACUCUAUACCCACUAAGCCGCGGAAAAAGUUGAGGUACAACGCCGAGUUGCUCACGGGCUCAAAGACAGCUCCGUUUAUCCUACUUGCGCAUUCUCUCACUUUAUGA